UUAAUAUAACCACACUACCACAAAGUAUAGUAUUUACAAUCAAUUGAUCGAAGAGGGAAAAAAGAAACAACAAAGAAAUGGGUUUCUUGAGCGUUAAACCAAUAUAUUUAAUACACCCUGCAGUAUUUCAUUUACAAUGACUGCGUCUCCAGAAGCAUUAAUGCAUGUAGACUCCUACUUGAGCUAAUAAAGGCAUGUGGGAUGACAGGGGACUAAUAAAACUAAUCAGUAUCUGCUGCUCAGAGCCUGAGAUCAUGGCCAAUGUCCCAAAACGACAUCCUGAGUCAUCGCUUUCUUUUAAAAAAAAAAAGAAAAAGGAAAGUGAUCAGACUGAAUAUAUUUACAAGCAGACUUUGAAUCUGCUUCCUUAAGCAACUGAAGACCAUCUCAAUGAUUGCUUGCUCAGUGAUACUUGUUGCCAAAGUCUUUUCGUGCUUGGACGGACAAUUAAAUUAAGUUUUUCUAAGUAAUUGAACUUUUGGAUCUAAUUCCUCCCUGCACUUUAUCCCGCAGAGUUCAAGUUACAGGGGACCAGGCCUUAGUUACUUGGAGAACAACAUAAGGAGUAAGAGAUGAAAACAAAUAAAUACUGUGACGCUAAAACAUUUAUGCUCUUUAACUAAAUUUAAGAAACACUUCUUUAAUCUAUACACUAAAACGACAUAACUGCUCAAAAUUGACAACAGAUAGAAGGCGCUUUGCUGCAGAAAAAUAGAAAUCCAAUUAAAAGUUAAAAAGCUGUGCUGAUAUAUGAUUUUACUAAUGAUAAUAGAUGAAAUAGUGACAUAACCCCAUUUCACUCAUACAUUGAUGCUGUAUGAUUAAAGAAAAACAUGAGUGCAUAUAUGUCGGGAUAUGUCGGAAGAAGAACAGGAAGAGACUUCUGUCAUCCAAAAGAUGAUGAAAUCUAACAAUAAUCGACCUACACAGGCAAAAAGGCAAAGAGUUGGAUCCAACAUUUAUCACAACAAUAAAAUAUUUAUAUAACUGCGAUUGUUUGCAUUAAUAUUGCAUGGCAUUAAUUCGACAUUUUGGUCAACCUUUCCGUUUUCUUGACGGGAAGAUUAAUACCACUCUCAGAUCUGUCCAUUAAAUAUAAAGCAGCCAGAAACUGGUUAGCUUAGCUUAGCAUAAAGACUGAGAGCCAGGGAAACAACUAGCCUGUAAACACAUCAGCUGUCACAUAGUAAUAUAAUCUCUGCUGGAUCCCUUAAAUAACUAAAGAAUUGUGACUAAGAUAAGUUGUGAUCGAUUGAAAAAUAAACUGUGCUAUCAGUGCUGUCAGACGGACAAACUACGUAAUAUUGACUCAAACAUAUCUGUGGUAUUGCAUGUUCAUCCACUUACACGCUGUUACGGAUACAUUUGUAAUGUUAUAAAAGCUCUCAGCUCUAAUGCACAUCAAGCUUAAAACCCUUAUUAAAAUGCAUCCUGCCAGUUAUUAUAUGAAGAUCACAGCUUCUCUCAAAAACCACACACACAUCUAAACACUUAAUGUGACCCAAAUAUUACUGCAGAGGCAGAGGGUUGCUGCAGAAAGCAAAGUCCCUCCCCUUGACUUUAUGACUCGUCUUUAUAGACUAGAGAGUGAGUAAGAGAGAGAGUAAGGGUGUAGAAGAGUAGUGAUGCACUGGUACCCGUUGCUGUGAUGAGCUGGAACAACAUGCUGAGGAUUAAUCAGCCAACGUCCCUAAAUGAGCACGAGGGCCACUCAUUGUUUAAAUGUGGAAAAGAGAAAAAGUACAGUUCUUCAGCUAGAGAACAUACAUAGUGGAAGAUGUUUUUGCUGAAGCAAACCCCAAAGUGGAGGCUAGAAGUUUCAACAACAAAAAAUAUUUUUGAGUAAAGGUAAGCAAGACCUGUGCAGAGUAAAAAUGUCUUCCUCUCCUGGAAUCAAGCCUCGGGAGCAUGUGGACAUGAUGUACAUCUCCAUUGAGACAGCCAUUGCCCUGGCGUCUGUGCUGGGGAAUGUGCUGGUGGUGCUGGCUGUGUGUUUGAACCGGGAUCUCCGCAACACCACUUUCUGCUUCAUUGUGUCUCUGGCUGUGGCAGACAUCGCUGUAGGGAUUUUGGUCAUCCCUCUGGCUAUUAUCAUCAGUCUGGGAUUCAGCACUCAGUUCUACACAUGCCUCUUCCUCUCCUGCCUGCUGCUGAUCAUCACCCAGAGCUCCAUCCUUUCCCUGCUGGCUAUUGCCAUCGACCGAUAUCUGCGAAUCAAGAUUCCCACCAGGUACAGCACCAUAGUGACCCAGAGGAGGGCAUAUGUGGCAGUUUGUCUGUGCUGGAUCCUCUCUUUCCUCACUGGAUUGGUUCCAAUGACUGGAUGGAAUAACCGUGAUGCUCAGAGAAACCUCAGCAUUUCCAGCGACAUCGUCUGUGAAUUCACUACUGUCAUGAGGAUGGACUACAUGGUGUACUUUAAUUUCUUCGGCUGGGUGGUGGUACCACUGUCCAUAAUGAUUGCCUUGUAUGCAGAGAUCUUCCGGGUGAUCAGGCGACAGCUUAACCGGCGUGCCGAAGCCACUUGCGAUGGAGAGAGGUACUAUCGGAAGGAGCUGAAGCUGGCCAAAUCGCUGGCCUUGGUGGUCUUCCUUUUUGCUGUGUGUUGGCUGCCAAUACACAUCAUGAACUGCAUCAACUUCUUCUGUCCAAAAUGUGAUGUACCCAAGUUUGCCAUGUAUGUAGGCAUUUUCAUGUCCCAUGUGAACUCAGCACUCAACCCAAUGGUUUAUGCAUUCAGAAUAAAGCGGUUUCGUGUCACGGUGAUCAAGAUCACUCGCCAUUGCAUGUUAUGUAAACCCACAGAGCCCACUCCAUGCCCCAGCAGCAUGCCAGCCCCGACAAAGAAAGUGGAUGUAAACGUGUAACAAGGGCUUGCACCACUCCUGUAUACAUGGUUUACAGUGAGAUAGUACAGGGAUUGACACUUUUGAUAUUUGGAAUAUCAUCACAUUAACUGACACAACAAAGCACUUCAUCGAGUCAUGGGACACGUUCAUUUUUGACCCACUGACGCAGUUAGAUUUUAAAACAAUGCACAAUCAGAAGGAAAUUAUAUCAGCCUGCAUUGUUCUUCUUUCACUUAUUGCUUCCUAAAUUGAUUCAUAUUGAAUUAUAAUAUGUCAACAUAAUAAGUGAUGCAACAUACAUGCCAUGUUCAAAAGCUUGUUAGUAAAUUCACCAGAAUAAACAUUACUUCUUCGUUUAAUAUGCUGGUCUUAUUUCUCAUUUAUAGAAAUUUAAAUACAUUCUAAACAAGACUUAGGC